GCAGCCUGGGAGGUUUGCAUGGUGUUUGCAUUUGCAGCCUCUUUUCCCCUGCAGAGGAGCAGGAAAGUCAUUGCCUGAAGAGGGAAGUUGGAGCAAAGCAAGGAGAAUUUUUGAGUCCUGGUGGAAGAUGGAAGAGCAGAACUUUGCUGCCCCUGAGGCAGGAAAAGGCCCCCAUAUCAUCCAGGAAGGGAGCAGUACGGAGCUCUGGGAAAGAAGAGUCCAGGAGAACCAGCGUGGGACCAACCUAGAGCACCAGCUCUUCAGAGACUUCUGCUACCAGGAGGCUGAAGGGCCCCGAGAAGUUUGCAGCCAACUCCACCACCUUUGCCGUCACUGGCUGAAGCCAGAAAGGAACACGAAAGCUCAGAUGCUGGACCUGGUAGUCCUGGAGCAGUUCCUGGCUGUCCUGCCCCCGGAGAUGGAGAGCUGGGUCAGAGAAUGUGGAGCGGAGACCAGUUACCAGGCGGUGGCCCUGGCAGAAGGCUUCCUCCUGAGCCAGGCAGAGGACCAAGAGCAGGACAGUCCUUGACUGAAGAGAGAAAUUGGCAGCCAAGGAAGGAAAACUUUUGAGUCCCAGUGGGAGCGGAGAUGGAGAAGAAAAUAAAGAUGGAAGAGCAAAACUUUGCUCUCCCUGAAGCAGGAAACAUCUCCUGCAACAUCAAGGAAGAGGACAGUGCAGAGCUCUGGGAAAGAAGAGUGCAGGAGAACAAGCCUGGGAGAAAUACCUGCUCAGAUACUGAGCACCAGCGCUUCAGGGACUUCUGCUACCAGGAGGCCGAGGGCCCCCGAGAGGUUUGCAGCCGACUCCACCACCUUUGCCGCCAGUGGCUGAAGCCAGAAAGGAACACAAAAGCUCAGAUGAUGGAUCUGGUGGUCCUGGAGCAGUUCCUGGCUGUCCUGCCCUUGGAGAUGGAGAGCUGGGUUAGAGAAUGUGGAGCGGAGACCAGUUCCCAGGCGGUGGACCUGGCAGAAGGCUUCCUCCUGAGUCAGGCAGAGGACAAAGAGCAGGUGCAGGGGAUGUCAGCCAAAGCAUGCGCAGAUUUCUCUGAGGCAGAGAAGGCUCCAUCAGGCACCACGCAGAGGCCGCUGUUCAGGUGGAUCUUGCGGGAGGGUGACGGAGGACCCACCUCACUGGGGAGCGGAAAACCCCACAGAGAAACUGAACUGAUACUGUGGGAUCCUUCAAGGCUUCCUUCGCUUUGUGGUCAAGUGGAAGCGGUUUCUGCGCAGCCUGGGCAGUGUCCGGUGACCUUUGAGGAGGUGUCUGUUUAUUUCUCAGAGGAGGAGUGGGCUCUGCUGGAUCCAGGCCAGAGGAUUCUGCACAAGGAAGUCAUGGAGGAGAAUCGUGGGAUCCUGGCCUCUCUGGGUGAUCACAGGGAGAGCAAGAAAAAUGGCCUACACCAGAGAAGGAAAACUGAAACUGAAGAGAAGAGGGAAAACAAAUCCAUUUCUUUUGAAGGAUCAGACGUCUGUAAAACUCCAAUACUAGAAGCAACAAGAAAAAAGAACAUUGACAACAGCAAGAACCAGAGGAAAAGCUCUUGGGACAUAAAAACUCAGAAGAUUCAUCUUAGCAAAUAUCAAAGAUCUCAAUACUUAGAGUGUGAAAAACAAUUCAGUUUCAACACACAACUUAAGUUGUAUCAAAGAGUUCAUACUGGGGAGAAGACCAAUAAAUGCUUAGAGUGUGGAGAGAGCUUUGCUCACAGCACAAGCCUUAAGCUGCAUGAAGGAAUUCACACUGGGGAGAAGCCCUAUAAAAGCUUAGAGUGCGGAAAGAGCUUUGCUCAGGGUUCAAAACAUAAGCGGCAUCAAAGAACUCACACUGGUGAGAAGCCCUAUAAAUGCUUAGAGUGUGGAAAGAGCUUUGCUCAUGGCACACACCUUAAAAAGCAUCAAAGAAUUCACACUGGGGAGAAGCCCUAUAAAUGCUUAGAGUGUGGGAAGACCUUUGCUCUGAGCGCACACCUUAAGCUGCAUCAAAGAAUUCACACUGGAGAGAAGCCCUUUAAAUGCUUAGAGUGUGGAAAGAGCUUUGCUUUCAGCACAAGCCUUAAGCAGCAUCAAAGGAUUCACUCUGGGGAGAAGCCCUAUAAAUGCGUAGAGUGUGGAGAGAGCUUUGCUCAGGUUAUAAAACUUAAGCAGCAUCAAAGAAUUCACACUGGGGAGAAGCCCUAUAAAUGCUUAGAAUGUGGAAAGAGCUUUGCUCACUGCACACUCCUUAAGAAACAUCAAAGAACUCACACUGGGGAGAAGCCUUAUGAAUGCUUAGAGUGUGGAAAGAUCUUUGCUCAUAGCAGAAACCUUAAGCAGCAUCAAAGAAUUCACACUGGGGAGAAGCCCUUUAAAUGCUUAGAGUGUGGAAAAAGCUUUGCUCAUAGCACUAACCUUAAGGGGCAUCAAAGAAUUCACACUGGGGAGAAGCCCUAUAAAUGCUUAGAAUGCGGGAAGAGCUUUGCUCACAGCUUCAGCCUUAAGCUGCAUCAAGAAAUUCGCACCGGGGAGAAGCCGUAUGAAUGCUUAGAAUGUGGGAAGAGCUUUGUUCUGAGCUCAAAACUUAAGCGGCAUCAAAGAAUUCACACUGGGGAGAAGCCCUAUAAAUGCUUAGAGUGUGGAAAGAGCUUUGCUCAAAGCACUUACCUUAAGCAGCAUCAAAGAAUUCACACUGGGGAGAAGCCCUAUAAAUGCUUAGAGUGUGGAAAGAGCUUUGCUGAGAGCAGGAGCCUUAAGCAGCAUCAAAGAAUUCACACUGGGGAGAAGCCCUAUGAAUGCUUAGAAUGCGGGAAGAGCUUUGUUCUUAGUACAAACCUUAAGCGGCAUCAAAGAAUUCACACUGGGGAGAAGCCCUAUAAAUGCUUUGAGUGUGGAAAGAGCUUUUCUCAAAGCACUCACCUUAAGCAGCAUCAAAGAAUUCACACUGGGGAGAAGCCCUAUAAAUGCUUAGAGUGUGGAAAGAGCUUUGCUGAUAGCAGGAGCCUUAAGCAGCAUCAAAGAAUUCACAAUGGGGAAAAGCUCUAUAAAUGCUUAAGAGUGUGGAAAGAGCUUUGCUUGCAGCACACGCCUGAAAUGGCAUCAAAUAAUUCGCACUGGGGAGAAGCCCUAUAAAUGAUUACAGUGUGGAAAGAGCUUUGCUCAGAGCACAAACCUUAAGCGGCAUCAAAGUAUUCACACUGCGGAGAAGCCUAUAAAUGCUUAGUGUAUCAUUUAUAGCAUCAUAGAAUAGCAGAGUUGGAAGGGGCCUACAAGGCCAUCGAGUCCAACCCCUGCUCAAUGCAGGAAUCCACCCUAAAGCAUCCCUGUCAGAUGUUUGUCCAGCUGCCUCUUGAAUGACUUUAGUGUGGGACAGCCCACAACCUUCCAAGGUAACUGGUUUCAUUGUCGUACUGCUCUAACAGGUAGUUUUUCCUGAUGUCCAGCCGGAAUCUGCCUUCCUGUAACUUUAGCCCAUUAUUCUGUGUCCUGCAUCCUGGAGUGACUGAGAAGAGAUCCUGGCCCUCCUCUGUGUGACCACCUUUCAAAUCAUUUAGAAGAGCUAUCAUAUCUCCCCUCAAUCUUCUCCAGGCUAAACAUGCCCAGUUCUUUCAGUCUCCCCUCAUAGGGCUUUGUUUCCAGACCCCUGAUCAUCCUUUAAACAUUAGGGUGACUAUAUUUUGGAAACCAAAACGGGGGACAACAUGGUCGGCAAAGGGGGGUGUCCAGCACCAAGGGGGCGUGCCCACCCGAACAUAUCCUUGGUCACUGCUGUAAGGGAUGCGUGAAGGGAACUGGGAAUGGCCUGUCUUUUAACGUGUUAAUUUUAUUGUUAUGGUUCAUAGGAAAAUGGAGAUAAGCAGCCCAGCUGCAUGGGGGAGACUGGUGAAGCCAGGAACCGCUUGAGGCAUGUUCGCCCGGCCUUGAGAGACAUUAACAUCUCAGGCGGAGGUGUGAAAGAUCUACGUAUGAAAAGCCAAGGGGAGGGGGGAAGCAGUUGGAGAAAAGAAACUAUAAAAUAUACUUUUGGGGGGGGGGGAGUUCAGCGUGGCUGGCUGAC